CACCUGUGGUUAAUGAUUGCAGCCCUGCAGUUUGAGAACAUAAAAGAGACAGACCAGCACUUUGCUUCCUGCGUUCGCUGUCUGACACCAUGUCGUUCACUGGGAAGUACCAGCUGGAGACUCAGGAGAACUUUGAGGCGUUCAUGAAAGCUGUUGGUCUCCCUGAUGAUCUCAUCCAGAAAGGCAAAGAUAUUAAGAGCAUUUCUGAGAUCGAGGAGAACGGCGACAACUUCAAAGUGACGGUCACCACCGGCUCAAAGGUCCUCGUCAACACCUUCAAGAUCGGCCAGGAAGCGGAGAUAGAGACCAUCACUGGGGAGAAGGUCAAGGCGGUGGUUAAGCGUGAUGGCAACAAGCUGACGGUCUGCCUGAAGGGAAUGGAGUCUGUGACGGAACUGCUGGAUAAAAACACGAUUGUCAAUACUAUAACUCUCGGCAGCAUUGUGUACAAGAGAACAAGCAAACGGAUGUAAACUUCUGUACUUGAGAUAAUAAAUGUUUCAAAAGUG